AUGCCAACAACCAAACAAAUGGAGAAACAAAAUCAUUCCAUCGUGUCUGAGUUUAUUUUGCUGGGCCUCACAGAGUUUCGUGAGUUACAGCUUUGCUUAUUUUUGUUUUUUUCCAUUAUCUAUGUAGUCACUGUGUUAGGUAACCUCAUGAUUAUCUUUGUAGCAAAACUGGACCCUCAAUUACACUCUCCCAUGUACUUCCUGCUGGCCAACCUCUCCUUUAUUGAUAUGUCCCUGGCCUCCUUUGCUACUCCUAAAAUGAUCUGUAACCUAAUUAGUGAAUAUAAGGCUAUCUCCUAUAAAGGCUGCAUGGCCCAGAUGUUCUUCCUUCACCUUUUAGGUGGAAGUGAGAUGAUGUUGCUUGUAGCCAUGGCAAUUGAUAGAUUCAUUGCUAUUUGCAAACCUCUCCAUUACAAAAAUAUCAUGAACCAUCAUGUUUGCAUUGGACUUGCACUUCUUUCCUGGACCACUGGUUUUGUACACACUAUGAGCCAAAUGGUGUUCACAGUGACUUUACCAUUCUGUGGUCCCAAUGUUGUGGAUAGUUUUUUUUGUGAUCUGCCUCGGGUCAUCAGACUUGCCUGCACUGACACUUAUAUCCUGGAGCUAUUGGUCAUUGCAUUCAGUGGACUACUCGCUUUGUUCUGUUUCACCUUUCUGUUCAUCUCCUAUAGCAUCAUUCUAAUUACUGUCCGGCGUCGCUCCUCCACCAGGUCUUCCAAGGCUUUGUCCACUCUCUCAGCCCACAUUACAGUGGUGGUGCUGUUCUUUGGACCUUGCAUCUUUAUCUACAUAUGGCCAUUCAGCAAGAUAUCCAUAGAUAAGAUCCUUUCUGUGUUUUACACCAUUUUUACUCCCCUUUUAAAUCCAAUCAUCUACACAUUCAGGAAUAAAGACAUGAGAAAAGCAAUAAGAAAAAUAAAGAAGAAGGAUGUGAGUCCCAGAUCGACCUUUUAA